AUGGCGCCGGCUCUCCGCGCCGUGCAGCGCAUGCCGACGCGCGCCCUAUCUAUAUCGUCGGUACGCCUGCAGCAGGUGGAAACGUCUGCCAGCAAGCUGCCCAAGGGCUCGGUCGUCCCUGGCAACCAGGUCGACCCCCAGCUGGGCGAGUACCCAGCGAUGCCCUAUGAGAACCAGCAGUUCCGCCCCUACAGCCGCCAGUGGUGGGACACGCAGGACCGCCGCAACUACGGAGAGACGCUUCACGAGGAGGACGAUGUCCUGAAUAUGUGGUCGCCCGAUGCAUACAAGGUGCCCGGCCCGCUGGCCCUGCGCCACUUUCUCACAGCCGCGGGCGCCUUGGCACUCUUCUCGUACGGCGUGUACCUGACGGUGCCAGAGGCCCCGAUGCUCCGCAAGUCGUUCCCCCGUGACGGCCUCGCAGCAGAGCUCGGCGGUUCCCAGGCGGCGGCUCGUGCGGAGGGCGCCGACGAGGAGUAG